UUUAUUUUAUUUUACACCGACUCGCUUUUAAUCGCCCGCUCUGGAACGGUCGGUACGCUGGAAAAAGUUUUGCGCCGAGUUUUCGCCAGAUCCGACUGCUUGUCGUCGUGGGCCGGAGCUUUUGUUGCUCGGGAUCUGAGUUGCGAUGGAGGUGGCGUUGGAGAUGGUGCGGGUCAAGGACGCCAAGGAGCGGAUGGCUGGGGUGGAGCGGCUCCGCCAGGUUUUGGAAGCCACAACCAGGGGUCUCUCUGCCGGCGAGGUCACUGCCCUCGUCGAUGCCUGCAUUGAUCUCCUUAAGGACAGCAAUUUCCGCGUUUCCCAGGGAGCGCUCCAAUCGCUGUCUGCCGCGGCUGUGCUCUCUGGAGAGAAUUUGAAGGUUCAUUUCAAUGGCCUUGUGCCGGCCGUCGUGGAGAGGCUGGGAGAUGGGAAACAGUCAGUGCGUGACGCGGCCAGGCAGCUUUUGAUUACUCUUAUGGAGGUAUCAUCCCCAACUAUCAUUGUCGAAAGAGUGGGUAGUUAUGCCUGGACACACAGAAGUUGGAGAGUGAGGGAAGAAUUUGCACGGACUGUCACUACAGCCAUCAGACUUUUUGCUUCAACUGAACUACCUCUUCAGCGAGUUCUUCUACCUCCUGUUUUGCAGUUGUUAAAUGAUUCUAAUCAGGGUGUAAGAGAAGCUGCUACUUCAUGUAUUGAGGAGAUGUAUGCACAAGUUGGGCCUCAAUUUCGUGAGGAAUUACACCGUCACCAUCUUCCUUCCUCCAUGAUAAAAGAAAUCAAUGCCAGGUUAGAACAAAUACAACCAAAACCUCAGCCGUCAGAUAGAGUUGGAAUUUCUUAUUUUUCAACUGAAAUUAGGCCAUCAUCUGCAAACCAUAAGAAGAAUAGUCCAAAGGCCAAGAUAGCUCAUAGAGAAAUCUCAGUUUCUAGUGGUGACAAUGAUUCUACUGAAAAGCCUGUGGUCCCUAUUAAUGUGUUUUCGGAGAAGGAACUCAUUAAGGAAAUUGAAAAUAUAGCAUCUACGCUUGUGCCAGAGAAAGAUUGGUCAUUUCGCAUUGCUGCCAUGCAAAAAGUUGAAGGGCUUGUUUUUGGAGGUGCUGCAGAUUAUACAUCCUUUCCUACGCACCUGAAGCAACUAAUUGUGCCCCUUAAUACUCAGCUAUUGGAUCGACGUUCUAGCAUUGUGAAACAGGCGUGCCAUUUGUUGCGCUUACUAUCAAAAGAGCUAAUGGAUGACUUUGAAGCUUGUGCUGAGAUCUUCAUUCCGGUACUUAUGAAGCUUGUUGUGAUAACUGUUCUUGUGAUUGCGGAGUCUGCAGAUAAUUGCAUUAAAACAAUGUUGCGUAACUGCAAAGUUGCCCGUGUGCUACCUCGAAUAGCUGAUGCCGCAAAGAAUGACAAAAGUGCAGUUCUUCGUGCUAGGUGUUGCGAAUAUGCGCUUCUGAUACUGGAGUACUGGGCUGAUGCUCCAGAACUUCAACGUUCUGCUGAUUUAUAUGAGGAUCUAAUCAAAUGCUGUGUAGCAGAUGCAAUGAGUGAGGUGCGAUCAACUGCUCGAACCUGCUACUGGAUGUUUACAAAAACAUGGCCAGAGAGGUCUAGGCGUCUUUUUUUAUCAUUUGAUCCUGUCAUACAAAGGAUGUUGAAUGAAGAGAAUGGAGGUAUGAACAGACGAUAUUCUUCUCCUUCUCUCCUUGAAAAGGGAGCACACUUAUCUCAUUCUCCAUCUCAAUCCAUGAGUACAAGCAUACCUGGCUAUAGUAUCUCUGCCAUUGUUGCAAUGGAUAAGACUUCAGCUAUUUUGUCAGGGACAUCUGUUUCCUCAUCUAGCCUUGUGUCAAAAUCCAAAUCACUUGGUAAAAAUUCGAAGAGAAGCCUAGAGAGUGUGCUUCAUGCUAGCAAACAGAAGGUUCUAGCUAUUGAAAGUUUACUGAAAGGUAUUAGCAUGUCUGAGAAGAAAACCCUCACUGCUGCAUGCUCCACAAGCUUGGAUCUAGCCGUUGAUUCUCCAUCUACCCAUGAUAAGCCACUCACUACCAGUGUUUCGUCAAAUUCUUUUUCUAUGCAAAGUUCACCGUUGGAGGAUUCAACCAUCACAAACAUUGGAAAAGAUGGUAACAGGAAUGGUGGUUUAAAUAUGUCUGACCUAGUCAGUCAGGUUCAAUUAUCUAGAGAUCAAACAAAACUAUCUUUCCUUAAUCAUGAUACAUCUGAUUCCCUUUCUUUGCCAUCAUCAUACUUGAAACGAUCAUGUGAACAAUUGCAAGACGGAAGUGUUUGUGAAGAUAAUGUCGAUCACAAUUUGACUAGGCAACUUCUGGGUAUCCAAACAGAAAAAUGUAAUCUGGAGACACCAUCUAUGGAUUCUAGCCAUAGGGAUUCACAGAAUCUUUAUGUUCCCAACUUUCGACGGCCUCUUCUAAGAAAGCAAGUGACAGGAAGAGGUGUGGCAAAUGCUAGAAAUAGUUUUGAUGAUAGUCAAAUCCUAGCAAGUGAAAUGUCUAGCUAUAUAGAUGGUCCGGAAACACUUGGUGAUGCACUUAGUGAGGGACUAAGCCCAAGUUCAGAUUGGGUAGCUAGGGUUUGUUCAUUCAAUUACCUUUGGAGUUUGUUGCAGCAAGGUCCAAAAGGUGUUUUGGAGGUAACACAGAAUUUUGAGAAGGUUAUGAAGUUGUUUUUUCGAUAUUUGGAUGACCCUCAUCAUAAAGUUGCACAGGCAACCUUUGUAACCCUUGCUGAAAUUAUUUCAACUUGCAGAAAGCCUUUUGAGAAUUAUCUUGAAAGAACAUUACCACGUGUUUUUGCUAGAUUAAUUGAUCCAAAGGAACUGGUAAGGCAACCAUGUUCAGUAACACUUGAGAUAAUUGGUAAGACGUACAACAUUGAUUCUCUUCUCCCUGCUCUUGUCCGCUCUUUGGAUGAGCAGAGAUCUCCUAAAGCAAAAUUGGCUGUCAUUCAGUUUGCAAAUAAUUCCUUUAAUAAACAUACAAUAAAUUAUGAUGGUUACAGUAACAACGGAUUUCUUAAGUUAUGGCUUGCUAAGUUAUUGCCUUUGGUAAAUGACAAAAAUAUAAGGCUGAAGGAAGCAUCCAUUUCUGGAAUCAUUUCAGUUUAUUCCCAUUUUGAUGCAAUUGGAGUCUUGAAUUUCAUUUUGAGUCUUUCUGUUGAAGAACAGAACUUGUUAAGACGAAAACUUAAGCAGUAUACUCCUCGUAUAGAGGUUGAGUUAAUGAACUUCUUGCAGAAUAAGAAAGAACGUCAGCGUUCAAAAUCUUUUUAUGACCAAUCAAAUGUUGGAACUUCUGAGGAAGGUUAUGUCGGAGGUAUUCAUUGUGCAUAUUACUCAGCCUGUUCAGUUGAUGGUGAAGGUGAGAGGAAGCGGACUUCAACCGAGCAGUUGAUGCAGUUUGAUGUUUACACUAUUCAUGCAACUUCUGAUGAGUCUCAUCAUCCUUCUCAGAAUGUUGAUGCUUGCACUUCUGAUCCUUCAUCUCAAGGCAGGUUGGUGACUAAUUCAUUGCUGAAAACAAAUUAUAGCAUUGAGCAUGAGAACUCUCUGUUAACUCCACGUCUAGAUGUGAGUGAACUAAUCAGUUGUGAUGGACACAAGACCAUUGAUAUGAAUCAUGUAAGUGAAGUUUGUAGAGAUCCUGAAAUGAACCAUAAUAAGCUUAAUUUUUCAAAAUCUAACCUAGAAGGAGAUAUGGGACCUAGCAUUCCAGGACUUCUUCAUCAGAUUUGUAAUGUAAAUGAUGCGAGCUCGAGUUCAGAGAAAUGUGACACCUUGCAACAGCUGGCGGAAAUUUCACUAAAGAAUGAUAAUUCUGUCUGGGCAAAGUAUUUCGAUCAGAUCUUGACAGCUGUGCUUGAGGUGUUUGAUCAUUCAGAUCCUUUGAUGCGGGAGCUGGCUCUUUCUGUGAUUGUUAGAAUGCUUGACAAUCAGAAAAGUGCAAUGGAAGAUUCUAUUGAUGUUGUCACUGAGAAGUUGAUUCAUGCGUCUAAAGAUGAGGUUGCGAAGGUUUCAAAUGAAGCAAAUCAAUGCCUGAAUAUUAUCUUGACACGCUUUGAUCCAUACAAAUUCUUAAGUGUUAUAGUUCCUUUAUUAGUCAGCAAUGAUGAAAAGAGCCUUGUUAUUUGUAUCAACUGCUUAACCAAGAUUGUCGGACGGCUUCCUCAAGAAGAUUUGAUGCAGCAUUUGCCUUCAUUUUUGCCAGCAUUGUUUGAUGCAUUUGGAAACCAAAGUCCAGACUUGAGAAAGACUGUUGUUUUCGGUUUGGUGGAAAUCUAUAUCAUAUUGGGGAAGUCAUUUGUACCUUAUUUGGAGGGCCUUAGUAGCACGCAGCUACGACUGGUGACCAUCUACGCAAACAGAAUUUCUCAGGCAAGAUCUGGUGCUUCACUCAAUUCUUGUCACUAAUGUCUUUCAGUUCUGUCUUAUUUGUUUUUGUGAGGAAUUUGUAUAGCGUGAUCAGCCCCUCGGUAUUUUAUUGUUUUCCCUGAUUGAUGACCGUCGGAAUGUAGUUUGCUGGAGAGGGCUGAUGGAUCAGUUUAUUUAUCAUGUUGUACAGAAGCAUGUUCCCGUCUCUUGUAAUACAGAGUUACUACUCGUGAGAUCUUAGCUAGCAUGAUGAAUAUAUGCAUGAUGUGCUGAAAUAAUCUUCUGGUA